UUGACAGAGAACAUUGUUGACCAGUGAACGGAAAUACUUGUUAUAUGGUGAACAGCAUCGAACCAUGGCUGACAAACCCUUCUUCCAGGUAGAGGACAUCAGCUUCAACUACGCUGAUCUGCUGAGAAGGCUGACGCUGAGUGGAGAGGAGCUGAGGACGCAGAGCUCACUGGCCGCCGCCCUGCAGGAGCUGCCCGCUGAUCCUAACCCGCCCCCCAGUGGCUCACCCGGACAGCUGCAAGAUGCGUCCAGCCUCGACUCCAAUGCCAGCGGUCAAAUAUCCUUGUCCUGGGGAGGCCGCUCACCAGGCAAGGCGUCCCCCUUCCGCGGACGCACCAUGAAGGAGUACGAGGAGCAGCUAGCCACCCUGAAGAAGGACAACUUCGCCCUCAAGCUCCGCAUCUACUUCCUGGAGGAGCGCAUGGGACAGAAGUGCGACCGAGACGACAAGGAUGACCUCUACAGGACAAACAUUGAACUCAAGGUGGAGACGGAGGCGCUGAAGCAGGAGCUGUACGACAAACAGGAGCUGGUGCGGCAGGCGUCUACAGCCCUGGCCAGCUUAGAGCACCACUACCAGGACCAGCUCGCACAGGCUCGCCACCAACACGCCCUGGAGACUGAACACCUCAACCAACAGAUCCAGGCACUGCAGAAGGAGGUGGAUGGGUACUGUGAGCAGCUGCAGCAGGGGGCACAGGGCCGUCUAGGGGAGCUGACCCAACUGUGCGGCCUAGCAUUCAGCACAGAGGAGGGGGAAGCUGCCCUCAACCCCCCCAGUGACCCCCUGGAUCUCACCACCUAUCCCAACCCCCUUACAGCUCACUCCCCAGUACAAGGUGUGUUCAGUCUGCCGUCAGUGGCUCCAGAUGCUGCUGCCCUGGAGAGGAGCCAACCCACCCCUGCUGCUGAGGAAGGUUCAGUUGUCAGCGAUUAUGAGCAGCAGUUGCCGGGAGUGGAGGAGGAGGAGGAGGAGGAGGAGGGAAGUGAAGUGGAGAAGCUACGGGAACGGGUAGUGGAGCUGGAGGGUCGAGUGGAGGAGCUGGAGGAGGAACUGGCAAAGAGGCAGGACACAGCGGCUGUGUUGGAGGAAGACCUUGCCAAUCUAAGGAAGGAGGUGGAGGAGAAGGUGGAGAAAAUCAGGCAGUUGGAGCAGGAGGUGGCAGAGAAGGAUGAGAAGGUGGAGGCGGCAAUGCAGGAACUAGAACUGCAGCAUUCAGAAAUUGCUGCCAAGGACCACCUCAUACAGAGCCUCCACCAGGACCUGCAUCGGGUUGAGCCAGAGAUCGAGGUGAAGGUGCAGGAAAUAGUUGAGCGAGACCGGAUCAUUGAGGAGAAGAUAGAGCAGAUUGAGCAGCAGAACAAGAUACUGGUGGAGAUACAGAUCACGCUGGAUGAGAAACAGAAGCAGCUGGCGGACAUGGAGCAGAAAGUGGAGGAGUAUGAGCAGAAGGUGGCCAAGCUGACCCAAGGCAUGGAUAAAUCAUGUGAGGUGAUACAGACCUUUGCGGAGGAGGUCCACGCACGGGAUAAAGAGAUAGUCAACCUGAAGAAGGAGUUGAAACGGAAGGAGAAGAAGGUGCGGGACUUGGUGGCAGAGUUGAAGGAGACACUCGACAUGCUGAAGAAGGCCAAGUGGGAGGCAGAGACAAGUGGAGGCGAGGACGGGGUGAAGGAGAUGGCUGAGGAAGAAAAUGAGCGACUGUGGGCUGAGCUGGAAUCACGCAAGAAUGAGAUGGUGGCACUGCAGGCCGAACACAAGCUAUCCCUCAGCCAGGCCCAGGACCGCCUGACACGGCUCCAGGAACAACUUGAUGAAAAACUGAAUGAUCUGGAGAACCAGAAGCACCUCCAUGCCAAGGAGACAGAAGAGCGUGAGGCUGGGCUGCGGGAGAAGGCAGAGCAGGUGGCCAGAUUAGAGGGCCAGCUGCAGGCCCUGCAGAGUGACAUGAACAACAGGGAAGGCCAACUGAAAACCAAUCAAGAUGUGGUGGAAGAUUUGCAGGACCAGCUGGCUCAAGUGAAGGUAGAGCUUCAGACCAAAAAGGGGGAGCUGGAGAACCUUCAAGAUGAGCUUAGAAAGAAAAAUGCAGACAUGCAGGACCUUGUGAACAGAGAGCUUUGGGAGAGGAAUCGUGAAGUGGAGCGUCUCCAGGACAAACUGGCCUGCCUCACCACCACCUCCCAGGGGCAGCUGGAGGCUAAAGAGCAAGAGCUGCUGAGACUGAGGGCCAGAUUGGCAGAAGAAGGGAAGCCAGUGGCUGGAAGUGUGGCCCAGGUCACUGUGGUGGCUGGCUCGUGUGGGCCAGAUGUGGUGACAGUGAAUCGGCCUCUUAAUUUGAGUCUGACAGAAGACAGCGGACUAGCAGUGCAGCUAUUACAGCGGGAGGUAAAUAUGGUGAGGGAGGAAGCCAGAGCACUGAGGCUUGAGCGCAGUGACCUCAACAAUAAGCUUUCCAUCCUUCAGCAAACCUUCAAGGAUCAGAACCAUCCGAUUGCAGUCCCCAAAAGCUCGUCACAGAAUGGAGGGCUGGCUGAGAACAGAGGCAAUUGUCAGGUGGAGGAGCAGCAGCAGCAGCAGGAGCAGCACAAGCCCACAGGUGAUUUCCAAGGUCAGGUGGAGGUGCUGUGUGAAGAGCUGCAGGCUACUAAGAAGAAGAUUGGUCAGCAGCUGAAUCAAGUGAAUGUCUGCAAAUACAAGGAAGCUCUGCGUCGACACAAACAGGAGAUCACAUCUCUCAGGAAGAGGCUGGCCGACUCCCACAAUGCCUGUGACUUGCUAAGAACACGUCUGGAGGAACUUGCGGACUUCCUAGAGUGCAUUCUGGAGCUGGAGGAGCAAGGACUCAUCGACCUCAGCCAGCUGUGCCCCAGUCAGGUGGCUUCCAUGCACAAGACCCUUGAUGAGUCUCGAGCACUGUCCCGUUCCCUCUCCAUGUCCCUCAUGAUAGGGGUGGAUGUGUCAGAGCAGGCUGACCCCUCACUCCUUUCCACCUCCUCUUGGAGCCUGCAUGAAGACACUUUAUCUGAGACCCAUGAAUGUCCUGGCCAAGAAACUCUUGUGGAUGAAACUCUGUCUCAAGAUGAUGUUUUAGUACAAGGAGGAGCCUUCCAGAAGAAGCUUGAGACUAAGGAAUGUGAAGUCAUGUCUCAAAAUAUGUCUUGUCUUACUGAGAGGCUGGUCAAGAGCAACCAACAGUUAAGUGAACAAGCCAAGGUCAUCAGUGAACUCCAAGCAGAAGUGGCACGGCUCAAAGACCAAGGCCUGCCCCACCACCACCACGGCUCCUCCGCUGACCUGUCAGAACCCCUGCCCCCACCUCCCCUCCACCUCCUGCAGGACAGUGAGAGUUCAGUGGCUCCAGUGGAAGGUGAGAGCUAUCUUGCCUCAGACCAAGGUAUUCUCUGGGCUCCUAAGAGUGCCUCUUCCACUGACACAGCCAUCAAAGCACAUGCUGCCCACUUGGAAUACCUACAACAGCAGCAGCAACAGCAACAGCACAAGGAGGGCACCAACAGGCUGGGAGUGAGCCAAGAACAAACAUGGGCCCCAGUGUCUCCUUCAGAGAGUGAGGCUUGGAGUGAACCUGAUAGAAAUGUCUCACUAGCCAGAAUUGGUCUGGACACCAGUAGCUUGUGUGGUGGGCCGGACCGCUCCUUAUCUCGCCCUCACCAGCUUCGUUCCAACGCUGCCCUCACAUCAGAAUCUGAAGCAGAAGUUGCCCCCGAGGAUCCUGUCUCAGCACCACUCCUGUCCCCAGCCUCCAACAGCAAGGCAUCCAAGCGACGGUCUGACGUGGCUGAGCUGCGGCGAGUCACCACCAAGCUGAGGGCUGUGGAGCAGCUCAAUGACACCCUGAGGGCUGAGCUCAAUAUCUACCAGACCCUCAACCAGCAGCUGCUGCCCUCACUCCACCACCAACGCCCCUCCACUAGUGACAAGAGCGUGGAGACUCACAAAGGGGAGACAGCUGAUGCUGCCGUUGGAGCAGAGGAAGCUAGUCCUGCCUUGGUCGUAGAGCCGGCCCCGGGUGUGUUGACUCUCCCUGCUCCACUACUUGAGGAAAUCAGAGGUCUUCGGGGAAAGCUGGAAGAGGCAAUUGUCAACAAUGACCAGCUGCGGGACCAGCUGGAGGCUGCCCUCACUGCCCAUCCCCAGGAUGAAGCCAGGUUCCUCCACCUUACUACAGCCAUACAGACUGCCCAAGAAGAACAGCGAGAGGCCAGGGAGAAGCUUCAAGCCUCCCAGACAGCCUUGCAGGAACAAGAAGAAAGAUGUCAACAAUUGCAUUACAAAUUGCUGGAGAGUGAGGCCCAGGUAAAACAGCAGCAACAACAGCUAGAAGCUUCACAGCAGCAGGCCUCAGCAGCCUCUGAGACCUUACUGGAGAAAGAGUCAGCUCUCAAAGAUCAAGCAGCGCUACUGACAGAGAGAGAACAGGAAGUGAGGCAACUACAGAGUCAAGUUGUCCAGCUGCAAGAGGAAGUUGCAAGGAAUGGAAGGCUUCAAGAGAAAUUACAGAAGCAGGAGGCACGUUUACUGGAGGUGAACAAGGAGAGACUGUCCUUAGUAGGGGAACGGGCCAGACUACAGGCCCAGUUGGCUUCUGCCUCUACCCAGGCACGCCUUCAGGAGCCCCACACAUCCCUUCUUCAGCAACUGGAGACUGAGCAAUGCACUGUUUCCAUCCUGCAGAAGGAAAGAGAGCAGCUAGUGGUUGAAAAGGAGGCACUGGAGAAGGGAACAGUGGUGCUACAGGAAGAGGUGGCUGUUUUGCAGGCCAAGAUCACCCACCUCAAGGCUUGGCACACUCAAAACACAAUGCUUGACUCACAACAUCCACACAAGUCACAUCCAGAACAGAAACAGAAUGCCGAGCCACACCACGAAGACAGCAUUCACCAGCCGGGACACCAGAGUAACAGUAAUGAUGCACAGCAGUGUGAGGUUGAGCAUCAGAAGAUCUUGGUGAGACAACUGACAGCACAGUUGGAGGCUGAGAGGCAGCUGACAACCAACUUACAACUGCAGCUCAAGACCCUAAGAAGCACUGGUACUGUUUCCCCAACCACCACCACCACCACCACAUCUGCCACACAUGGUCAUGACUCUGUGGUAGAGCCCAUCAGUUCACCAGAGAGCGUCACCAGUAUUGAGUAUUACCACCAGCCCCUGCCAGAUCCCAGCAUUCUGUGGCGACACCACAGCCCUGCCCCUGUCCCUGCAGCACCACAGCGGGAGCGAAGGUCUUCCAGCAGUGGCAGGCGGCGAGAAAGGGAGUCCUCCAGCCGCCGGGUGUCAUCACGCUGGUCAGAGAAUAAGGAGAAUAUAUUUGUGUCAUCCACCCUUACCAAUACCACCACCUCUUCCUCCACCACCAAGAGGAGCCGCCUGUCCCACAACAAAGAGAGUCAGGGCAGCAGCAUCCUGGUACCAUCCCACCUCCACCACUCUGAGGAAGACAAUGAUGGAGGAACUACCUCAGGGGAGUCACCUGACCUGGGCAUUGGGUCAGACCAUCAAUUUUCUAGCCUGGAACGUGGCACCACUGCCCACCCUCACCACAUGGCCCCCACCACACACCUCACUCAAACGUCACCACCACCACCACCAGAUCCGCUGUGUUCAGAACCUACCCCCUCCAACCUCCAGGACUUCAGCAGUCACAGUGCCCUGAUGGUGGAGAACCAACAGCUACGCGAGGAGAGUGCCAACCUUAAGGUGCGUCUCGUCUCCACCGAGGAAACCCUCAAGGACGUAGUAGAGAGGCUCUCACGUUCUAACCAACGGAAGGAAAAUGUGGAGCGAGCCAUCUACAAGCAGCUGCACAAGACCCAUGAUGUGCUCAAGAAAGCCAAGUCCCACUUGAAGCAGGCCAAUCCUCUGCCUCAGUAAACUGACCCACUCUCUAAAACUGAUUUUUAUUCUAUGGACUGAGAAAAGACUGACAUCUUGUAAGGUGGUCUCUCAUCAGGAAUGACCUUUGUUUGUGCCAAAGUCUUACAUGGAUGUGAUCAGAACUUUACAAGAGGCAAUUCCUCUUGAUAUCAACCAAUGAGUGACAUGGACUGUAUAAUGGCCUCGGCAGAACUCGUGAACACUCCUGUCAGGCCGAACAAAGACUUGUCUGCUCUUCACACUGGGUUGUCUUGGACAGACUCCUGGUGCAUCUUAUCUCUAAUUAAGGCAGUCAGAUUUAAUCCGUGUACAUUACUAGAUCCUGUGUGAUAAUUGAUGACAUGAACAUCGUGCCCUGAGCUAUCCUGUGGUGGACAUGGGAUGCCAAGGGGCACCUGCAAUAUUUUAAGUAGUUCCUGUGGGUAAAAGUCCCUCAAGGAACACCCUCAUAGGUCGUCUUCUGUGAUUUUACCAGCUCAUAUCAGGUUUUUGUUACAUCUAUAAGGAUAGUCCUUGCCGGAACGAGUGUCAUUAUUUGGCUAUUGUUGGGAGUGUUGACUGUGGCUGCCAUUUCCUGUAGACAUUCCAGUGACGUCUUAUGUGGCACUGUAAUCCUGCCCCAAUCCUUCCUCCCUCACAACUGUAUCCUUGAUGCCGUCCGUCUCUCUUGGGAGGAACCACAGGACUUCCACUGCCAGGACGUUGAGAGAAUUUUGGUUGCCGUCCAGCUGGUUGGUCAGGUUGGUUGGGGUCUGCUUGUGACGCCCUUGCCCCUCGCGGUGCUGCCGGUCGGGACUGGGCCAGCCUGAGCCUACUGCCAGUGACCAGUAAGAAGAGGGUUGUGGGAUAAUGCCCCACUUGCCCAAGGGUCCUCAUUGAGCAAGAGCCCUCGAUGGUAUACACGUCACAAGAUCCUUGGCCAACAGUAAUUUUCCUCCCUAUCCUUGCUACUACUACACCACUACUACUACUACUAUGCUGCUGCCGCAUCUUUCCUUUUAUUACUCAUGCUUCUUAGUGCUGGUAACACUUAAGUUGUCAUGAAAUCCUGCUCGUGACUUUGUUAUCGCUUCUUGUAAGUGCAACUGAUUUUGAGGAAAGGCCAAAAGUAAAAAAAUAAAAAAAUAAAUAAAAAAAAUAAUAGAAUAAAUUUUUUUUUGAAAGAAAACAUCUUUGGUGCGAAUGUAGUAGAUAAGAUAGUGGCGGCACAACAGUCAACACUCACCAACAUAAUUAUAAGAUAAUUGUUUCUGCCAAAAGCUUACUAUAAGGAAGAUGAUUGGUUGCCUCAGUGAUUGAUCUGUAUAUUUCAGUGCAUCAGCCACACUCCUGUAAAAUAAUCUAACUUGUACAGUGUCAGUAAGAGUGUAUAUAUUUUAUACCAAUGUGGCUGUCUUCCAGAACUGUGAAUGAAUCUGUACAAAGUAAGAUAAAGGGGUGUUGAGGAACCAUAAAUGAUGUGUUGAUGGAUACACAAAGAUGCACAAUCAAGAAAA